GUUUUUUUUUUAUUUUUAUUUAAACAUGUUUGAAACGCAAUCCUGGCACAUGCGAUUCUUUCGUGUUUCAUGCAACGUUGCAUCAUCUUUUUACAUUUUACCAAUUCAAAAUUAGUAACCGCGAUUAAUCGAAUAAUGCGAGAAUAUUUUCCAAAGAAGAUUACUGAAUCUCAAGUUCCUAAGAAGAAGUCAUCAUCAAGAAAGAAUUCUAUCUUCAUUAACAGACAUAUCAGAAUACCUUGCUAUCAAAAUGAAUGCAAACCAUCAAUUUCUUAUCAUACUCCUUGUAAAUGUGUUACCAAAUUUAUAGAUUCAACGGCUGAUAAACUUGAAGACGCAGAAAACCUACCGCAAAAUGAUUAUAGUGUCAGUAAAUCAUUGCACGAUUAUGCUAAACAGUCUCUUCUUAUUGGAAAAGUUUCUCCCACUGACGAGAAUAUUGAAAUUAUUAAAAAUGCAUCCCUGUACGCAGAUACCAUAAAUUUAGAAGAUUUCAAUUUGAACCAUUUGCUUGAAAUACAUCGAUUAGUUAUGGCGAAAAAUGACCAACUUGCUGGUAAAAUACGAGACCAAGAUGUAGUUAUUCGAUUACCAAAAGAUAAAGGAUCAUCAUUGAUUAAACGCAUACAAACACCUCUGGCACACGAACUUCAUGACUGUCUGGAGAAAUAUUUUCAAUGGUUCAGGGAAAAAAUGAAAAAUAGCGAAACAAACGACCUGAUUUUUGCUGCGAUGGCUAAAUAUUACUUCUUCACAAUCCAUGCCUUUGAUGAUGGGAAUGGCAUAACAUCGAGGAUCAUUUUGAAUGCUAUUUUACGUAAAUUUUCGCCAUACUGGGUUACCAUACCAUUGGCUGAAAUUGCGAAAUAUUAUGCGGUCAUUGGCAUCGCGCAAAACAGCAACAACUACAAUCCGUAUUUGGCGUAUAUCACCAAUUGUAUUAGAAGAUCAUCGGAUAUUUACAUCGAUGAAGAUCGUACCCGCCGUAAUCAGAUGGCUGCUGCAGGAUAUUUUUGUUGCAUACAUGGGCGAUGAUUGAGGAUUUUUCGAUUACCUAUCUACUAUUCAACGUUUUUAGGGAAUAUUAUUUUCAUACAAUAAAUAAUUUUUGUA